AUGCCGAGAACAGCCAGGCCCCCCCCCCGCGGCCCGUGGACCCUGCGCUGUCUGGCCGUGGGCACCAGCUGCUGCAGCCUGGCGCUGCUCCUGGUCGCCAUGACGAGCCCGCGCUGGCUCCUCAUCGACUCCCCGGACGACGGGGACCACAGCGGGGUCUGGUGGCUCUGCUCCCGCCCCGUGCGCCCCGGGAUCGGCACCGAGACGCGUGAGGGACGGGCCCUGCCCCCUCCCCCCAGCCCUGCCGGCGCCCCUCACUCCCGACCCGCAGCCCCCUGCCCCCGGGGCCUGGGCUCCCCCCAGCCCUGCCGGCGCCCCUCACUCCCGACCCGCAGCCCCCUGCCCCCGGGGCCUGGGCUCCCCCCAGCCCUGCCGGCGCCCCUCACUCCCGACCCGCAGCCCCCUGCCCCCGGGGCCUGGGCUCCCCCCAGCCCUGCCGGCGCCCCUCACUCCCGACCCGCAGCCCCCCGCCAGCCCAGCCCUGGGCCCCUCCCCCCAACUGCUCUGCUGGUGCCCCUCACUCCCGACUUGCAGUCCCCCCAACCCUUAUCCUGGCGCCGGGCUCCCCCCCCAGCUGUGUGGAUGGUUCGGCUGAGCCCGUUGGAUUCCCGGUUCCCUGCAGCAUUCGUCAAGGCGAUCAGGGCCCUGCUGCUGUUUGCGCUGCUGGCUUCAUCCGUGGCGGUGGCCUCUCUGCUCGUCUCCGUCAGACCCUUCGCCCGAUGGCGGGGCUCUCGCUUCCUGGUCUCGGCCACGGCCAAUUUCAUCGCAGGGCUGCUGGUGCUGAUCAGCGUCGUGAUCUUCACGGCCCACGUGAUGCUGGACUCCGUCAACCCGCAGGCCAGGGCCUCCUUCGAAUGGGCCUUUUUCCUCGCCUGGACCCUCAGCCCCCUCUUCGUCCUCAGCGGGAUCCUGUCUCUGUUUGUCCACAGCUGCCCCCCGGUGCUGAGCCCCCGCGUGGGACCCUGGGGCCAGCCCAGCCAGGACCUCGGGGAGAUGCUAGCCCAGGGGGAACUGGAGGGGGGGCCGGGGGCAGAGCCCCUCCCGCUGGGGCGGGCCCGCCCCCAAAGAGAUGAACCCCAACGCGCGGCUGCCCGGGGCCAGCAAAGUUCCUUGGGCUGGUGUCAGGCCGGCGCCCAUGAGUCCGUGGAAGGAAAAGACCUAAAGGGGAUGGGAACCCGCCGCCAGGGCCUGGAGGAGAUUGAGGACGUCGAGGUUUCCUGCUGCUCUCGGCCGCCCUGCUGGCGGGACGGGGGCCACCCCCAGGACGCCGGGGUCCUCGCCGGGCUGUGCACCAAGCCAGCCUGUGGGAACAGGAGACAGGCCGGCGAUCUCCUGGGGGCCCCUGGCAUUUGCCUGACCUUCGCCGCUCUCGCUGGCUUCGUGGCCGUUCUCAGCUGCUGCUCCAGGCUCGCCUGCGACUUGCUGAUCUCCGCAGCAGCCAGCUUCACCGCAGGUGUUUUCAGCUUGCUCACGCAUGUCCUGUACCCCGAGCCGGGGCCCCAGCGCUGCCCAUGCCCCGUCCCUGGCGGGCGAAGCCAGUGA